GUUUCCCAGUGUUGCAAAGCGCCGCCAGAGUGAGAGCUGCUCCGGAGUCGCCUUUUGUUUUUGUUGACCUGGUCAUCCAUCUGUGUGCGGCUUUUCACCCAGUUCGCCCGAGAUUAUUUCCAUGCCAAAUGGCCGCCUUUAUGGAGGAAGCGUUGGUGGAGGCACGGCGGGCACGUGACGCCGGCGAGGUGCCCGUGGGCUGUGUUUUCGUUCAUGGAGACAAGGUGGUCGCACGUGGCGGGAACGAGGUGAACAUCCACAGGAACGCCACCCGACAUGCCGAGUUCAUUUGCAUCGACGCCAUCCUGGCCAGCUGCCGCGAGCGGCGACUUCCCGCGCGUCAGCUGUUCAGCGAGAUCACCGUGGUGGUCACCGUGGAGCCCUGCAUCAUGUGCUCCGCUGCCCUUCAUACGCUGGGGGUCAAGGAGAUCAUCUACGGCUGCGAAAACGAUCGCUUUGGUGGCAAGACAGUGGUGGACGUGGCAGCCGUGGUUGGCCACAGGAUCGAUAUCACCGGGGGAGUACGAGCGGAUGAGGCGAUGGCCCUGCUGAAGGAGUUCUACAAGGGCGACAAUCCGGCGGCACCGCCACUGGCCAAGAAGAAGAAGUAGGAUGAGUCAGGGAAAAACCAACCACUUUCGGGAAUGAGCGGGUCAGGAAUGGAGCUACCGACUAAUCCUCGAGGAAAGAGGGGCGCUGCAACAGUUUGUGGAUGAUGGAACCUUCGAGAACUAAUUCGCGAAAAGAGAAGAUAGUCAGCCAACAGAGGUAAACAAGAUACAGAAGUGCAGAAACUAUAAAUCUUCGGUAAAACCAACUAUUUUCCGACCAGAAAAUUCCUGGGAACCAAUUAUUCCCUAAAGUUAUAGUUUUAACCCACAAAAGGGUCUGAAAAACAAACUUAUUUAUUUUAUGGAUAAAAAAAAGAGUGAAAAAGUAGUUAGCAAUCAAACUACAAUCUAAAUCCUUUUGCAUCCCGGAAAAUAGCCCGAAAGUAUAAUAAGUUCCACUGCAGCAUUCUACGACGAUUUUUGUAUAUGUUUCAAUUUAUUAUAAACUUUAAGCAUAGUCUAAGUAUAUAUAUAUAUUAUUGUAUAUGGCGUUCAGAACGUAUGUUUAAACUCUAAACAUAAAUACAAUUACUGCAUAAUAGCUACAACA